UGAGCCUUGUCACUUUCUCUAUUCUCGUCUUUGGUAGAAGUUGCGCCGAGUCGAGCUCUCUUUUGUUAGCGGAGCUUGAGGUCGACAUCAGGAGAUCGAGAGGUGAAAAGGAAGUCGAGAAAAGGGAGGAGAGGAGAUCGAUUUGGUGGCGUGAAUUUGUGGGUUGGGACUUAGGCAGAGGGAGAUGAAUGGAGGUGAGGAGGGAGGAGGAGGAGGAGGGGGAGGCGAGGAAAUGGAGGAAGACGGGAGGGAGGCGAUGGUGGUGGAGGUGGCGGAGGAGGAGAGAAGGAGGGAGAAAACGGUGCUGAUGUGGGGUUAUCUCCCAGGGGUGUCGCCUCAGAGGUCGCCUCUGCUUCACCCGGUGCCAGUCCGAAUGCCGGAUUUGCAAGCCGGAGAUCACUGGAGAGACGUCAGCGGCGGUGGAUGCGGUUUCGCCAUGGCCAUAUCAGAGACUGGCAAACUUUUUACAUGGGGUUCAACUGAUGAUAUGGGGCAAAGUUAUGUUACAUCAGGGAAGCAUGAGGAAACUCCUGAAGUAUUUGACCUCCCAACUGAGGUGCCCAUAGUUAAGGCGGCUGCAGGGUGGGCUCAUUGUGUGGCAGUCACAGCUCAAGGAGACGUUUAUACUUGGGGAUGGAAAGAGUGUGUGCCAACUGGCAGGAUAACGAGAGACCAGCCCUCUGGAGGGACCUCAGAAAAAGAGGAAAGGCAUGGUGGAUUCCUGAGUGACCAAGUGAGCCCUAGGUCCCAGGGUUCAAGAACUACGGGAUCUGGUUUUGAUAGUAAGGUUGGUGAUGAGAAUACAAAGAGAAGAAGAAUAUCUUCAGUUAAAGUGGGACCAGAAAGCUCAUCAUCAGGUGAUGAAGCUCUUUCAGCACCUCCAUGUCUUGUAACUCUAAAUGUGGGAGUACGCAUCUCGAUUGUUGCUGCUGGUGGACGUCAUACGCUAGCAUUAUCAGAUGCCGGUCAAGUGUGGGGAUGGGGUUAUGGAGGGGAAGGGCAACUUGGUUUGGGUACUCGCAUACGAAAUGUGUCAUCUCCUCAUCCUGUACCUUGCUUAGAGUCAGCUUCUUUCAGUAAAGAACGAUCAUCCUCUGCUACAAAGGGGAAACAAGAUGGGCAAUCUUAUAAACUCAUAGGAAGUUCUGUGAAGACCAUUGCUUGUGGUGGUCGACACAGUGCUGUAGUUACAGACACAGGAGUGCUACUUACUUUUGGCUGGGGGCUUUAUGGCCAGUGCGGACAAGGGAGUACAGAUGAUGAGCUGAGUCCAACAUGUGUGUCAUCUCUUUUGGGUCUCAAGAUCCAACGAGUUGCUGCUGGCCUGUGGCAUACAAUAUGCACAUCUAUUGAUGGUGCUGUAUACUCCUUUGGAGGAAAUCAGUUUGGGCAGCUAGGAACUGGUUCCGAUCAAGCCGAGACUCUUCCCAAGCUAUUGGAUCAUCCGUGCCUAGAAAACAAGAAUGCUGAAGUAGUCUCUUGUGGUGCACGCCAUAGUGCCAUGAUGACAGAGGAUGGGCAAGUCUUUUGCUGGGGAUGGAAUAAAUAUGGCCAGCUUGGUUUAGGGGAUGCGAUUGACAGAAACUCCCCCUCAUUGGUUCCACUUGAAAAUCAUAGGCCAAAAAACGUUUUAUGUGGUUGGUGGCAUACCUUGGCCCUUGCAGAAUCUCCAACAUGAGGCUCAUUACCAAGAUGUGGAUUUAUCAUUGGCAAUUUUGUUAGAAUCAGUAGGUUUUCAACUAUAUGCAUAUUUAUAUACCGGUCAGAAUAGGCAAGUUUGUGCAUGUAACCAUUCUUUGUAUGGUCCCGGCAGCCAGAAUGUCAUCAUGUACAUUAUUAACAGUUUAGUGCUUUAGGUCAUCCUGGCCUUCAAGACAUGAAAAUAAUGUGACGGUUAUAAACCGGCCUUCAAGAGUUGCAUAUGUACUAUCAACUUUGCUUUUCUGGUUCCUUAG